UUCUGACUUUUUUGACAACAUGCAUCCUCCAUCUCCAUGUCUAUUUAAUGUCGCAGCUCUUCAACACUUCCUACGUCUCCAUGUUCUCCAACUUCUUGGAAAAGGAGCACUGCAGAGUUCCAGUUUAACUAUAAUAAUCUCUUGGAUCGAGUUGGUAAUUGGAUUGAUGGGAAGAACACUUUGCUUGGAUAAGAGUGAGUUGAAGAAGGGGCCAUGGGCGUCUGAAGAGGACCAGAAGCUGAUUGACUACAUACAAAAGCAUGGCAUUGGGAGCUGGCGUUCUGUUCCCAAAAAAGCUGGCCUUGCAAGGUGUGGCAAGAGCUGCCGGCUUCGAUGGACAAACUAUCUGAGGCCUGACAUUAAAAGGGGAAAGUUCUCCUUUGAAGAGGAGGAGACAAUUGUCCAAUUACAUAGGAUUUUAGGCAACAAGUGGUCAGCCAUCGCUUCUCAUUUGCCUGGAAGAACCGACAACGAGAUCAAGAACUACUGGAACACUCACAUUCGGAAAAGGCUUGCUAGAAUAAAGAGUGAUCCUUUGAAUAAUCACACUUCUCACCUUGACUUCUCACUUUUGAGACAGUUUUCCUUGUGCAAUCCAUCUGCCUUGAUCAUGACUCUGUGUCGAUUACUAGGCCUUCAUGAUCAGCCUCUGCUCAAAAGAGAGCUCAUGAUGAAUGUAUUAACCACAAAUCUGAUCUCAUCCUCUCAAAAUUCUGAUCAAAGUUCAAGUGUAGGCAUUCAAUAUUAUUUGAACAGCCAGCCGUUCGCUGACCAACAACUCGUUUCUCAACAAGAUUUAGAUGAUCGACUCCAGAACAGUCAGAUACAUAAUUACACCACUCGAGUUGGCCAACCUGAUGAUGAGAUCCUGUUCCAAGGUGAGGGCACCGACUUGUGGAAUGGCAUGUUAUCACAAAUUGAAGAUGUUGAUAAGCUCAUGAAGGAGCAACCAAUUGCUAGCAACAGCAACAACAUUCAGGCGUAUUCUCUUCCCCAGUUGAGCACAGAGAGCUUCAGUUGGCUUGGUGGGUUUACUGAUAACCAAAUCUCCUGUCAUAACCUGUCAUAUGCUGCAGCUGCAUCAGAUUCGAAUAACAUGUAUGAACUCUCCAACUUCAACAUUAACAUAUAAUUGUAUCAACAACAGUAGUAGUGAGAAUGAGAGUUGCAGUAAAUUACGUACAGGUUUAAGCGCAGGAGUAGGUUAUAUGGGUGUACAGUGGUCAAUGCGUUGGUUUACAUGUUCACCACUUGUGUUUUUAUUUUUAUUCAUUGUCCUGUUCAUGCAUGGAUUCAAAUUAAGUUUCUGUCUCAUCACAGUGGUUGUGUUGUGUGCAUAAUUGUUAAAUUU